UGUUCAAGUUGCCUAACUGUGUAUUUUCUUUGUGCAAGAUGAAGUCAUAUGAAAUUUACAUGUUGCAUGAGGGAAAUUCAAAAGAAAGACAAGCGCUGACAAAUAUUGCCCACGUGACACGAGCAUAAUUAGCUAUGGGCACGAGUAGUUGCAUUUCACGUGACUGUGUUAUUGCCGGUUGAAGAGGUUAUAACGGUAUUAAAUAUAGAUUUAUCUCUUGUUUUUUAUCGUGUUGUCUUCACAUGUAUUCGAAAUGACGUCAUUGGGAUAGUGCAGUGGCGCGCAAAAAUUACACAAUUUCUGUUUAUAUGACACACGAGUAGCAGAUGGCAAUUUGAAGUGAAUCGAUAAAUAAAGUGCAAGUAAUACAACGUUUGGAGAAGCUGACGAUUAUAACACAAUUAUGGAUUUAUCGACAACUGACAACAUUGAAGACGAAUCCGAUGAAUUAUUUUCAGAUGACGAACAAAAAAAAGAGAUCAAACGUGAUGCCCUGAUUUUAAAUCGGUUUGAAACAGCAUGUGCUAGUACCAGCAUGAUAACAUCAAGUGAUGAUGUAAUUCCACGUACACCAUUGAGUUUGCUACCCCUUUUAAGUAAGAUAAAUGAACAGUGGAGUAGUGAUUUUGAAACACCACAAGCUCAGCCAUACAUAAAACCAUUAACAAGUACAACAGAAAAAACAGAAGAAACACCUAAACUUAAACAACAUACACCUGAUAUUUCAACUAUUAAAAGCGUAGACAGAAUUAUCUCUGAUUCUCCUGUUAUUGCAGGAGAAUCUAGAGCAUCACGAAGACGCUCCAAACGUCGUAUAUUUAGAACUUCUAUAUCUAUAGAUCCAUUAGUUGUAACUAACAAUGAAGAUAUUAUCAUAAAUGUACCAAUAGAUACAUCUUCUAUUUCUGAAAAUAUUAAUUCUGCAGUACGGAAUAAUGUUACAAAUGUUGCGGAACCUAUUUCAGUUAUUGAUAAUCUUGAAGAUUAUGAAUCAAAAGUUCUCAAUAAAAUUCAAAACUCAUGUAAUAAUGAGAAAUUAGAAAAUCUUACAAAUACUGCACCUGACAGUUUGGAUACAUCAACACAAGAAUUUUUUAAAAAUGCCUCGUUCAGUAAUAUAGAUCAGAUAUGUUUUAACACUUUUGAUAAUCAAACAACAGUCCAGUCUAAUGUGCAUUGUAACCAGAGGAUCAAAGAUAUUGAUAAAGAAAGAAAUAUUAAAGAGAAUAAAAAUAUAGGUUUCUUUACUGCUCAUGGUGCUUCAAUUAAUGUCUCAAAGCAGGCAGUAUUUAAAGCAAAGAGAUUGUUUGCAGAUGCCUUUGAUAUAGAAGAAACUCAAGCACAGAAUUAUGAAUCAUUUGCCAAAAGAAAUUCUAAUGGACAGAAAAAUAAGCAUUUAUCAUCCUUUUCAUUUACUGAUACCGUUUCUAUAAAUACUACAAAAGAAAUAUUAUCCAAAUCAGAGCGACUAUUUACAGAACAUUUGAAAAAUUACGAUAAAAUGCAUAUUACAGAUUGUGAAGAGCCAUUUGUAAAUAAAAGUUCUGUUGAAGAAGUUAAUAUAGUUCCUAUUUUAUUCUCAACUGCUAGUGGUGCUCCCAUCAACAUCUCGAAGAAAGCGUUGUCUAAAGCAAAAUUGUUAUUAGCAGAUGAAUCAGAAAAGGAUAAUGAUAAAUUAAUAAAAUAUUCUGAGUGUUCAUCUAUGAAUGAAAAUUCUGCGAAAAAUAUAACUUUACCAUUAUUUUCCACAGCUGGUGGUAAACCUAUCAGUAUCUCAGAAAAAUCACUGUCCAAAGCAAAAAUGUUAUUAGCAGAUGAAUCAGAAAAAGAAAAUGAGAUAUUAAUAAAAUGUCCUGAGAAAUCAUUUACAGAUGCAAAUUCUGUGAAACCGGACAAUAUCACUUUACCAUUAUUUUCCACAGCUGGCGGUAAAUCUAUCAAUAUCUCAGAAAAAUCACUGGCCAAAGCAAAACGAUUAUUAGCAGAUGAAUCAGAAAAGGAUAGUGAUAAAUUAAUAAAAUAUUCUGAGAGGUCAUCUACGGAUGAAAAUUCUGCGAAAAAUAUAACAUUACCAUUAUUUUCCACAGCUGGUGGUAAAUCUAUCAAUAUCUCAGAAAAAUCAUUGGCCAAAGCAAAAAUGUUAUUAGCGGAUGAAUCUGAAAAAGAAAAUGACAUACUAAUAAAAUGUCCUGAGAAAUCAUUUACAGAUGCAAAUUCUAUGAAACCAAACAAUAUCACUUUACCAUUAUUUUCCACAGCUGGCGGUAAAUCUAUCAAUAUCUCAGAAAAAUCACUGGCCAAAGCAAAACUAUUAUUAGCAGAUGAAUCAGAAAAGGAUAAUGAUAAAUUAAUAAAAUAUUCUGAGAGGUCAUCUACGGAUGAAAAUUCUGCGAAAAAUAUAACUUUACCAUUAUUUUCCACAGCUGGUGGUAAACCUAUCAAUAUCUCAGAAAAAUCACUGGCCAAAGCAAAAAUGUUAUUAGUGAAUGAAUCAGAAAAAGAAAGUGAUAUAUUAAUAAAAUAUCCUGAGACAUCAUCUACAGAUGUAAAUUCUAUGAAACCAAAUAACAUGACUUUACCAUUAUUUUCCACGGCUGGUGGUAAAUCUAUCAGUAUCUCAGAAAAAUCAUUGACCAAAGCAAAAAUAUUAUUUGCAGAACAAUUAGAUACUACUGUUGAACAGAUCAAACAAUGCGACAUACAUACUUCAAAUAUUAGAUCCUACAUUGCCUCUGAUGAAAACAUUAAAAGAUGCGAUUUAAAAACUUCGUAUGGUAAACUUUACUUGGAAAGCGAUCAAGAGAUAACAGUUUCGAAUAACGUUCUAUUAAAAUCACAACCAUUCGUCUCUAACAACCAUCUAGAUGAUAAUAGCCCUGAUUUGAGAAAUACAUCAUUGCAAAAGCGCACCAGCGAUUCAGAUGAGAACACACCCUUGGGCAGGAACUGCCCGUCUGAAUCAAAAAAAGCUCGUAUCAGUAACGAAUUUCAAGCUAGAAAAUUAUUUUCUGAUAAUCUGGGUAUCGAUACGAAUAACGACGAGAACCGAAAUCCAAACGAGAAAAAGCAAACAGAUUCGAUUAUAAAUUCUGCCUUAAGAUCACCCGAAAGAGAUGCUGUUGAACCAAUCGAAUUGGACGUGGUGAGUAGUCCUGUUUUAGGAACACGUUCGAGAAAGCGGAAAGAUUUAGGACAUCGGAGGGACAAGUAUAGUGCACCACGAGCGCAUAAAAUAACGCUAGAUGAUGUAGAGAAUGUCACACACAAAAACGCAUCUUGUAAGAACGAAUCAGAUAUGGAGAUGCAAAAAUCGGCGGAAGAAGCAAAAGCAAAAAUGCAAACGGAGAAGCAAAAGACAGAAAACAAUACGGAAUGGAGCGAGUACGGUGAUACUCAGUUAAUGAUGUAUUUCGUCGACGAAUCAGCGAGGAUACUGCAGGAUCGCUUGACGGCCGCGUUAGAUCAAGAGAAGAUAAUCACCGCGAAAAGGAGACGCGGAUCGAAGCAAUCGAUCGGCCAUCUGUAUCGUUACAAGCAAGAUAAUUCUAACGCUCGUUUAUCGUUGAGAAAACUCAACAACGGCGCGCCGCCCGUGCCGCUCUCAUAUCAGGAACUCAUCGAUCGACAAAUAUCGCCGAAUAUCCUGGCGAUCACCGCUGCGACAGCCGCGUCAUACAUAUUUCGAUGCUCUGAUUUUUACGGGAACGAAGUGGCACGGACUAACGUUCGCGGGAUAGAAAUGGAGGAUGAGGUGCGUCUGAUUUUAGAUGAGAACGGUUACGCGGGAAUUUGGGAGUUCCUCCGCGCUUUCCUCGCAAGUCCAGGCGUAAAUCCAAAUCUUGUUCCCGCACGCUGGGUCGAGAAUCAUUACCGGUGGAUUGUAUGGAAAUUGGCGUCGAUGGACAGAAUGAAAUUCAGCUCGGCCGAGUUACCUAGGGCAUUAACACCUUCCCGCGUGAUGGCGCAAUUAAAGUAUCGGUACGAUCGAGAGAUCGAUCAGUUUCAACGAUCGGCCAUAAGACGUAUCUUGGAAAAGGACGACGUCGCGUCUAAGAGAAUGAUUUUAUGCGUGUCAUCUAUAGUAGAAAAUAAUAAUAUAAGCACGGAGAUAGGGAAGAGUCCGCGCGUAGGAGUGCCAAAGUGGAGAAUAGAAUUAACCGAUGGCUGGUACAGUAUACCUAUUUGUAUCGAUAUAGGAUUGGUGAAGAGCAUAUCGACUGGCAAAAUAAGAGAGGGCACGAAAUUGGUAGUGUCCGGCGCAGAAUUAUUAAAUUGCGAUCAAGGUUUCUAUCCACUAGAGGCACCGGCUACCGUAUGCCUAAAAUUGCACACAAAUUCAACCAGGCGUGCACGAUGGUACGCGAAAUUAGGAUACGCGCCACGUUCGGGACCGAUACCCAUCAAGUUAUGUAACGUAUGUCCGAACGGCGGUUUAAUCGGCAAAAUGACAAUUAUUGUCGCUAGGGUGUAUCCGACGUUAUAUCACGAGAAAACCGUAUCCGGAGAUUCGAUUGUUCGAAACGCUAAAUGCGAGGAGAAAAUGCAAAGCACGUACGAACAGCAAUGUUUGUCCAAGAUAGAGGCAUUUUACGCUAACGCGGAGAAAGAUUUUCAAGAAAAACUUGCUCGAGAAACUGAAGAUUACGAAAACUCGUCUACGCAAAAAUCCGUCUCGAAGAAACGACGCAGCGAAGAAUUAUUGCAAGAAUUACACCAGAAAAAAGAGAGAUUCAUGCAAGACAUGCAAUCAAAAUUGCGCCAAGAUUUACCAGGGCCACGACAAGUUUCUCAGUUGCUCAAAGUUCGAGUAUGCGACGAGAAUGUAAACGCGAUUCUGUCAAUCUGGUCGCCCAGCGAGGAAGUUGUGAAUGCCCUCAAAGAAGGCGCGUGUGUCUCGCUCUAUAACGUCGUCGCUUCUGGAAAGAGAGGAACCGAAUUACAAAUCACCGCGCGCCGGUCCUCAAUCUUUAAACCGGUAAAGAUGCACGCUAUGUCAUAUCCUGCUAGAGUAUGCACAUCUUUUUGCGAAAUGGCCAAUUUCGAAUUUGUUCCACCUUACGGAGAAUUCGACACGGUCGGUUUUGUAUGUUUCGUCGGCCCUGCCCCUUAUGGCAUGAAAGAUUUCGAAGUCGCACAUUUAGCGUAUCCGAAAACGGAUUCGAAUGAUUCCACUUAUCUCUCGAUAUUGUUUUGGCAAGGCAUAGCCAGUUAUGGCUACACAGAGAUUCUUACUGUCGGAUCUAUUGUGGCAUGCAGUAAUUUAGAAUGGCGAAGAGCAACUUCAUGGAAUGUCCCAGCGGCGUAUUGCACGGACAGAACAAUUUUUACGUGCAAUCCUCGCCGAAAUCAUCUGUACGAAUCCUUUGAAAAUUUGCAAAAUCUGAUCACGGAUUCGGUUAAGUACGCUGAAAGAUGCACUUCCGCGCUUAAUGUAGAAUUGCAAAAGAAGUCAACACCGACGCAUUAUGUACCGGGUAAAAAUACUCCGAUUAAAAUAUACAAUUCGAUCACACCAAGCGUGGACAAAAAAUUAGUCGACUACACGCCGCCGUUGGCGGUGCCGAAAUUAGGAACCGGCAGCAAUCCGAGAUAUAUCGCAUCUAAUCCUUCGAUCCAGAGACGACUCGAAAAACUUCAAUAUUAUGGGGAACCGCCCGAACUAUCUCCUCUUAUACUCAGAAAAUCCAAGAGGGUUUCUUUGAAUUUCCAAUCGCCCGUUCGCAUCUCGACGAAGGAUACAUCGAGUAUUAAGGAAUCCAAGGAUCCACAUUCAUCCGACGCAUCGGAAAAGCAAUGAUGUAAUCACAACUUGCUCAUUUGUUUUCAUUCUAGUUAUAAGCGAAACUGUUGUAAAAAUUUGUUAAUUAUUAUUACAUAAAUAUAAACUAUUUUGUUUUUACAUA